AUGCAUCUUCACCAAUAUCAAGGGCAUUGGUACUUCACCGUUUACCUAGAGGCAAUGUUGGCUGCUCAAGAAAAAUUUCAAGCUCAGCCUCAUGAUAUUAUCUUAUGCACUUAUCCUAAAACUGGCACAACUUGGCUUAAGGCCUUAGCUUUUGCUAUUACUACACGCUACCGUUAUAGCAUUUCUGAAAGCCUUUUGUUGACAUCUACACCACAUGAUUGUGUUCCCUUUCUAGAAAUUGAAAUGGGUACAAAAGAAAGUUGUGCUCGUUAUCCAGAAAAUCCACUUGUUGCUACACAUAUUCCUUAUAAUUCCUUGCCAACUUCUAUAAUAUAG